CUUAGAUUAUCGCUUGUGGCUAGGGCCAAGGCGACAACUGCGUUCCCGGCUCCCUCUGUCGCAAUCGUCUCUUCGACAUGUCUCGGGCAAUGCCAAACGGGGUGUUCUAGAGUCACUCACCAAACCCACGCCGUCUCAGCUAUUACGAUUUGCCUUGACGGGGAGUACAGAGCCGGUUCAUAAUGGAGUACUUCCGAAAACAUCCCAGGAUAGACAUCUAGAGGAACUCUUCUCAGAGCAAUGGCCUUUAAACACCGCACCUCCUCCACCGCUGUGGAGCUCUCUCCGACAAAGAACCGCAGCUCCCUGUAAGACAGAGGUGUUACAAGGUAUGAAAAAAGAUAUACAGAACCUUAACCACCUGCGUUCAUUGAUUGAAAGAAAUGUCAACGAUCCACUGGGUGGGAUGUUUUUGCAAACAGGGCAUUGUAGGUUCUUAGCCCAGGCAUUGGAACGCUGUCAGCGCUCGGAUUCUUACGGAGAAAUACUCUCCACCAUUAACGGGAUUCUCACAAGGUUGGAGAAACUAAGAGCGCCCGUAUCGCCUUCACUAUUUGUUAUAGGAAUGUACUAUUCUUGUCUUGCGUUCUCGGCAUCAGCUCUGAAACGGUAUCUCGAAGGCUAUAUUUCCCUCGGUCCCCCGCGGCUGGAUCUAGAGUCGUGCGCUCCCCUUGUGGACGCUCUUCUCAUUUCUCUCCAACUUUUGCCAUUUCAGGAGCCAGAUCAUGAUACCAGUGAGAUGCGAAGUGUAGUUACGGGAGAAAGUGUUGAUGGGGGCUUUUCAGAGCACAAUUUACACAGUGUGAUGUGUUGGGCCGACCAUCAAGAUUCAACUGAAUCCGUUGGGCCGUAUUUGUCGUUGCUCGCAAGACUGGGGAGCGACAGAGCAUUACAAGACAUAUGGAAUCGAACGACGAAAAGAUUACACCCUGAUUCACCUCACUCUUUCCAGUCGGCUUAUGGCUGUGUGAAAGCUCUUAUCGAUGUUGGAAGCUAUAGAAAGGCUGUAACUUAUCUCAGACAGAUAUCAAAAUGCGCCAAUGGUAACCUUCCAGGUCUAUCUGACUUCGAGGGUUUAGGAAGUCUCCUUGCAGCCGAAAGUGUGGCCCAUGCAAUUCCGCAGCUUGCGGGGAAGGAAUACCCCAGUAUCCUUGAAGCUCAACUAGAAGAUAUGGAGAAGAGACUCGGAAUUACUUGGAAUAGACAGAAAUCGGUCCAUACUAGCAUCUCUAAUCCGCUCUACAUCAGUUCCAAACAACCACUCCUGACAAUUGAUGGCGACAGUGCAGGGUAUGAUAGCAAUAUGCGCCUAAUCGCGGAGAUUGAAGCACUCGGAUGCUCAAAAUCGAUACUGGAUUUAGGAAGGGUCGCUAACCUUUUGGACGAAUUUGAAGGGGAUCAAAUUCGCGUCCUCAUACCGUAUGGGGAUGCUGUACCUUAUGAAUUCGCUUGGUUUCCUCAGCGAUCUCCGAUUGAAUUGCCAAACGGCUCUCUGCCUGUGGGAAAUGAUCAGUUUGAAGCGUGGUCUCCCGCCACUUUGGGAUUCCUUCGAGUCAGACCACACAGGCAUGGGGUAUCUCUAGUGACUGAAUGUUGCCUACAUUUGAUGCAGCUUGGCUACCUGGUCGCGAGACCCAAACCGGCCCAAGGCAAUUCCUCAGAAGCGGCCCAAAGCUGGGAAGAGACAGGCCACAUCGUGACUUGGGACCGUGCUUUUGGUCGAUUCCUUGCCAUUUUUGUGGGGAAAAGCCGUGGAGCUCUAGAUGCUGAGAAACAGUGGAUCGUUCCAAACCCAUCGUUUGGCCUCGAUGCAGUUCUGAGGAUCUCACCUGGAAAUGAUUUACCGGAACAGAAGGACAUUAAUCUCCCAUUUGGACAUUCUUAUCCAAUGUACUGUGUGAAUGCAGACCCAGGGCCAGAUCUCGUAUUCGAAACGGGCUAAUCUAACGCAUUCGUCCGUACUUGAUAGUAUGCCAUAUGAGAUAUGAGAAACGCACAGGCCUCGACUACAGCCCCAUAGACCGUCUAAGAUUCGGAAACUAAUGGACUAGUAAACCCAAUAUCAGCCAGCCAGGAAGUGGCGACUUAGAUCUCCUGCGAGGCUGCGGCAUCUGCGGGCGCAGUUAGGAUUGCGGCUGGGUAACCGCACAGAGCGUCGUGGAAAUAUCCUGACUUUUCUACUCGCUCGGAGGGUUACAGAAUGGAUAAUACAUGCGAAUUUUCGGGCCGGACAAUCUCGGCCCAUUCAUUACCAUGGGGUUUCCGUACCUCUCUUGGCGGGAUAUCUCCCUUCUCGACCUUCUUUUCUUUUCUUAUUUCCGUAAUGAUACCCGGGAGCCUUCUGAUGUCGACAGAGUGGAUUGACU